ACACCAUCCUCUAGUCUUACACGACUAGACGUAACUAGACGAUCGACUCUGUUUUAAAAGACAACGAUUAUCAACGAUCUGGGCGUUGUUUGUUGGUUGGUUGAUUGGUUCAUCGUAAAAGUGAAAAAUAAUAUCGGAUAUAAGUAUCAAGGUUAUUUUCUCUAUUUAGUUGAAAACGAUUCAAAAGUGUGAAUUGAAUUUUUUUUACGGGAAUUUCAAGUAAAUCGAAAGAGAGAGAGAGAGAGAAAGAGAGAAAGAGAAAGAGAGAUAGAGAUAGAGAGAAAAAAAAUGCCGGAGGAAAAUGGAAAACAAUUUAUUUCUUCGAGACUUCAAAAAUAUUUGAAGGAAGCACCGUUCUUCUGUAAGAUCAUCGAACUUAUUUUAUGCGUUAUAUCGGUGGGUUUAAUAGUCAACCCCUUCAAUGAAAUUUCUCAAAAGGAUAUGAAAAAAGACAUAAACGAUGUUGCUAUUGUCUACGUAUCACUCUGUGGUUAUAUUUUGAUAAAUGCUAUCAUCAUCCUGUGCCAUUUACUUGGUGAUCGUAUGCCAAAGAAAACGGCAAUAACAUUUUCCGUGAUGGGGGCGGUACUCUGUCUUACUGCCGGCCUUGUCCUGAUUCGUAGUUGGACAGAAUAUCCGAACAAUUUGAUAUUACCAAAUGUCGAACAAUAUAGCCAUCAGAUGAUUUCAAGUGCAGUAUUCGCUAUUAUUGCAUCAAUUUUCUUCUCAUGUGACAUUUAUUUCAUUAACAAGUAUUAUUAAACAUUUUUUAAAUGAAACUAAAAAAACACACACGAAUCUACGAUUAUUGGAUAUUCAAAAAACAAAAAUGACAUAUUAAACAAUUUGUUUUCUUUAUGUAUCAGAAUUUAAUUGAUUCGUUAACUUUGGAUUUGACUACGAGAGGAAGUAUCAUGUUUUAACACAAAAUAGAGAGAGAGAGAGAGAAAAAAAGAAUUUCGAUUCCAUAUUCAACGUUUUCAAGGAUUUAACGAUAUUGAAACAAAAUUUGAGUUAUUGUUCGAAUUAUUCGAAUAAUAUUCUAUUAUUUUGUUUUUACAUGUGAAAUAUGCGGAAAUAUUUUUAAAGCGAACUUAUCGAAAAUAUUAUAAUAUAUACGAAGCUUUGUUAACACGAAUCGAUAGUAUUUGUUAUUAUCUAGUUUCAAGAAAAAAGAAAAUAAAAAAACAAACCAUAAAAGAUCAACGAAAUAUCGAUAAGACGACUUGAUUUACAUAUGUAUAUCUGUGUAUGUAAGUAGUGCGACAGUGAAACGAGUCGAAGUAUGGUCAGACCGAUAAAAGGUGACCACAAUGAAGCUCAUGUUUACAUGGAUCGUGAUCUAUUUCUACAAACACACAUAUAUGAUACACAAAAAGAUAUAGUACAAAAAUUUAACGUUAAAAUAUAAUUCGAUAUAUUACAAGAAUAAAAACGUAAUAAUUAAAUUUAUUUGAAAUCGAAAAACCUAGAAUCGUAGUAUUGGAUUCUAAAUAAAUAAAUAAAUAAAAAAAAGAAAAAAAAAAUUCAACAUUAUAAUUUGUUAAUAAAUUAAAAAAGAAAAAUGUGAGAUAUUUGGUGGAUGAUGCGUUUGAAAUUUAAAGACUUUACAAUGAAGUAAAAUAUAGUAAAAGUUUAUUUGAUGAUUCUCGUUGGAUAGUUUAGAACUCUGAGAAGAUAAAAAGAAGAAUUUCAAGAUACUUGCUUGUCGGAUACUGCAACUUUGAAAACCGAGCAAUUCUACGCUCUUAUCGAUCCAAACGUCGAAACAUGUCUUCUGCAAUAUACAUACUACAGCUAUAUAUUUCGAAAAUAUAAUACCUGUCUUUUCUAGAAACAAGUUUAUCCUUUCUCUUCGAUCGAUUAGAGAAAUUUACGACUAUUAUAAAUACAAAUAUGUCAUGCGUUGUGACUUAUUUUUUUUGUUUUUUUUUUUUGUUUUUUUGUUUAGAAUCCUAGAAAUUUAUCGAUACUUUCGAAUAAAGACGAUCGAAGAUAAAUUUUUAUCUAAUUGAAACAUUGUUUAUAUCUAUAUCUAUAAUUCAUAAUUGUACAUAGGCAAAUGUAUAAACAAGAGAUAUAUUGUAUCAGAAGGUAAGAUCUAUAAUUACCAAACAAGAAACACGAAACUCGGUCGUAGUCAAGUGCGUUGAUAAAUUGUUAUUAAAGAUAAUAAUACCGUGACGUCUUCGACCUCGGCAAAGAAUUUUCAUAUUUUGAAAAUUUAAUGUAAUAACAGUGAUUUUAAUGAUCUCUACGGUAGAAUCUUGAUUUUUCAUUUAAAUUUAUUUCGAAACGUGAUUUUUGAAAAGAACUGUUCGAAAGAUUGAGUAUAAUAAUCAUCUCUCUCUUUCUCUCUCUCUCUCUCUUUCUCUUUCUCUCACACACGCACACACUCACUCUCUCUCUCUCUUAUUAAAACAGAACAAUUUUUCAUUUAUAAAAACAUUGAAAAUCCGACCCGAUUUAUUAAACAAUACAAUUUCAUCGAUAGAUGACGCAAUAGUACUUUUUUGAACAUUCGAGAGAUGCUUUCACGUGAUUGUAACAUUUGAAAAAUAUAUAAAAAAAAAAAAUUAAGAGAAUUUACCCAAAAAAAAAAAAAAAAAAACCCCAAA